AUAACUCAGUGGUUUUACUAUUUUGGAGGUUAUGUUUAUUUUUGUUGAUUGUUUUGUACUUAAAUUUAUUAAAGUUUGUAAAACUCUAAAAUAUAUUUAAAAAUGGAUUUACCAAUUGAGAAUACUUAUGGUUUUUUUCGAGUGGACGAACGAUGUAAAAAACUCGAACGAACUGUAAAAAUGCUUCAAUUAAAACAACUCGAGAAAAAAAAUACUGAAAACGGCACUCCUGAAAUAGGAACAAACAUUUCAAGUAUAAAUGGAGAUGCUUUUGAUACUAGCUAUGCCUAUUCAUCUAAAUUAGGAAGUGAAAUAGUAUCUUCUAGUUCAAAUAUAAAAAAUUUGUUAGGACACAAAAUGAAUUUAUUCAAAAAUAAUAAUAAUAUCGCAACUUCGAGUGUUAAAAACAGCCCUGACAAUGACUCAGCAAGAGCUAUUAUGCCACCACCAAAGAGUAUUCCAGUUUUUGGUAAUUCAUCAAGAAAAAAUGCUUUAACAACUUGUGAGGCUUCUAUAUCAAAUCAAAAACAUGAUCCUACUGGAUUAGGAUCUGAUUGUUUUCAUCCAACUUUAAGUGUUAUUUCUUCUAUUAAAUGUCCAAGUUCACAUCAGGCAAAUCCUCCUAUAAAAUAUGCAACAGAUAUUGAAAAUACUCAGAAAAAUGUGUCAGACAUUACUAAACCAGAUAGAAUUUUUGAACGAUGGAAAGUUAUGAUCAACGAUAAAGGUCAGCUCAUUAUUAAAGGAAUACUCAAAGAUUGUAAAAAAAAUGUCAGAAGUAAACCCGUUAUUAGAAGAAUUAAUGCAUCUGUUGUUCAAUCGUGUUUUAAUCAUAUUUAUGAACUUCAAGGUCGUAUUUAUGACGAUCAACAUGAAUUACCAGAAUAUAUUCGGGGGAAAUUUUAUAAUGGAUUCCCUGAUGAUUGGGAAAAUGUUUUCCAAUUAUGGAGAAGUUACAUUUCUGGUGGAUGCAAACCUUCUUUUAGAUGGCCUACACCAGUAACUGAUAGUGAUGACGACUUGAAAAGUGACAUUACUGAAUUGCCAUACUCUCAAGAAGAAAAAAGAUCUCAUAGUCAUACUCAAAAUUGGCAUGAUUCUAUUCCUCUUGAGAAAACACUGAAAAAACUUCCAGAAAAAGCUUCAUCUGAAUCUUCAAAAAUUAUCACGGAAAAUCUCAAAUCGUCAGGAAAAAAAAUUCAAAAUGUCGCUAAAGAUUCACCUAAAAAAACUAUCAGUCUAUCUGAAGAAACGGAUGAUACACCUGCAGGAGUAAAUUUAUUCCUGGAAAAAAUGCAUGAUCAGUAUUUUAAUAAUUCACCUUCAACAAAUCCUACAAUUGAUGAAGAUAUCUCUAAUGCUGUUGCUAAAAUUUUGAAUAACAAAAAUUGCUCUAUUGAAUAUAUUGAUAAGAUUAUUGAAAUGUUUAAUUGUUAUAAAUAUGUUAUUACGUCAAAGUCUCACAAUUCAUCUGCAAAUGUUACUCAUAACAAUUCCAAUAUUUCUACAACUGAAAAAGCUCCUUCAAUAGAGCAUGCAUCUAAAAAUUCAAAUAUGACUUAUACAAAAGUACAACAUUGUACACCCAAAGAUUUAAAUCAACACUCAGUUCAAAAUCACAGUUAUAAUUAUGACAGUGUAUCAAAACCUUCUCCAAGUGGAUCCAAUGUACCAAGUAUUGGGAAAGUUCGUAGAAAAUUAGACAAAAAAGAUUAUGAUAGUUCUGAACUAUCAGAUAGUGAUACUGAAAUUCGAAGACGAAAAUCUCCAAGAAAAGUUUCUAAAAUGUACAAGAAUCGGAAAAUUAGCAAAGCAAUGUCUAAUAAGAAACAGCCAUUGCGAAGAUUAAAUGAAGAUAGUGAUGAUGACUAUGUUCCAAAGAAAGUUGUAUAUCCCAAUUCAAAAAAUGUUCACGAAAGUCAGCCCGUAAAUAAUGUUCAUACUCCAAUGCAUGAAGUAGACUCUGAAGGUUUUAUGAAACCUAUACCAAAAGUUCAGUCUGUAAAUAUAUCAAAUAAUCCUAUAAAUGCAAAUUUACCACCAUCAAAGUACCAUCGACAACAGAAAGCUGAUUCUCCAUCCACAAUAACAGGAUUUUUAGCGAACUAUGAUUCAUGUGUAAGCAUUUCUGAAGAUGAUCGAAGAGUUCGUACUCCUCGACCAAAGUUAGAUGAUAGAAGAACAGUUAAUGAUAUAGAUGGAAAAACUUUAUCAUCUUUCAAAUUAAAAUUAAAUCAAAAAAAUUCUAAUUGUUAUUACGAUUCUAGUGUAAGUAUAACUGAAGAUGAAAUUAAUUAUACAGAUAAUAGAAUGAAUGGACCUGAUAUAAAGAAGCAAGUCCUUCAAGAACCGAAUAUACAAUGCUUUCAACAAAUGUUAAAAAGAAAUUUGAAGGAUAAAACAAGUAAUACAGGAUUUUUUGAUAAAAGAAAUUCACAAGAUCAUUCAGCAAUUAAAGAGCAGUCUUCAUCAUCACAAACAAAAGAACAGAAAGAUUUUGCUUUUUCUAAACAUCUCAGUCCUAAUUUGAAUGAUAAUAAAGAAAAUACAUUACAUCAAAUUCAAACAGAAAAUCAAUCAAAUCAACAUCUUUCUGGAAACUAUCAAAUGAGUGCUAAUAAACCUCAUCAACUACAAGACAAAAUAAAACCGUCAAUUAUCAGUGUUGAAAAAGUAUCGUAUGAAGUUGAUGAUUUUUUAUUAAAUACAUAUUGUCAAAAAGAAUCAAUUAAAAAUGAUUCUUCAAAAAAUAAAAAAAAUGAAAGUGAUUUAAAAGAAAACAAUAGUUUACCAAUUCUUUCAACUUCAAAUAAUAUUUCUGAUGCCGUAAAUUCUAAGUCUUUGGAAAUAGAUUUUAAAAUGGCAUGUAAAGAUGUAAGUGUGCAACUAGAGGACAUAAAAAAUACACUAAAACUUAAACCAAAUACUUCGAAGAAUGCUAAUGACGAUAAAAGUAGUGAAAAAGUCAUUUUUGGAUCCGAAGAAAAUCCUAAACAAUUAAUGAGUUGGUUUCCAAAUGUCAUAAAAAAAGCUGAUUCAACUUAUGGUCUAAUUUUUGAAGGUAAACUUCUCAACGAGGCAGGUCAUGUAGUGAAUAAAAAAUUUAGAACUAGUUUUAUUGUUAAAAGAGUAUCCUUGAAAGUAGUAAAAACAGAUAAAAACGAAUUCUAUCAACUCAUUGGUGAUUUAAUUGAUACAAAACACGUAAUUCCUAAAGAGUUACAUAAGUACUGCAUUAAUGGAUGUCCUGGACAAAUUACCAAGUUCUGUGAAAAAUGGAAGAGUAUACUUGACAAAUCUAAUGAAUUGGAUGGAACAAUAAACAGAAUUGAUAUGACGAGUGCACCUCAGAGCUCACGAGGAAGACGUAUUUUGCCUGCUUUAUCAUACUGGUCUGGUGAAAGAUUAAGUGUAAAGGGUAAAAAUACUGUAUAUACUCCACCAAGAUCUCUGUGCACUUCCCUUGAAAUAUCUCAACAAGAUUGUUCGUUAUUGGUGAAGAAAAAUCUAAGUAAUUCAGAGCAACGAGACAAACAGAAAAGUUUUAAUAAAGAAAAAGAAAAUAUUGUUAAUGAACAGAUUAUAGAAAAUAAUAAACAACUGAAAGAAAUUACUGGGUAUAAGAAGAAAAAAGAUGAAAUAAAAUUGCGCAGAAGUUAUCGAAAACGAAAAGAAUCAGUAAAAUCAAAGAAGCAAGUUAAAGAUAGUGAUUCCAGUAGUGAAGAAGAACGUCCAGUAUCAAAGAGACGAAGGAGUGGAUAUAAUGAUGCACAGAAGCAAAGAAAUUCACAGGAGGGUUUAAAUAAUAAUGAUAAUGACAAGAAAUCUAGUUUCGAAAAAAACGAAGAAAAAAAAUUGAAACGUGGAAAAAAUAUUGGCGAUAAACAGAAUAUUAGCCCAAUGAAUUCAAAUGAAGUUAUUGUUAAAUAUUAUAAAACUACUUCAUGUAAAAAUGAUUUAUCCGAAUAUGAAUCAAGUAUUUUAGGGUAAAAAAUAUUUAUAAAUAAUUAAAUUUGCGUUUGGA